CGAUAAAUAUACAUAAAUGAACAGUCCAAAUUCUUAGAUUACUCUUCAUUUUAUUUUGAAAUAUGGACUUACGCAAGUUGCAAAGCGAUCAAUCUCAAAAGAUCCAUUUCAGUGGAUCUUUUGUUUUUCAAAGGAAUUCAAAAUCUUAUUAUGUAGAUAAAUUCAAAAAUUCUGAAAACGAAAGAGAAGUUAUUUAAUAAAUAAGUAGUCUAGUAGAGAAGAAACAAGGAAGAAAGAAAUAAGUUCUUGAUUUGAUAUAUUUGAUAGUUCUCCACUAAUUUAAAAUCAAUGAAAAAAGGUUCCCUAUAAUGCUGUGAUGUGCCUUUAUUCAAUUCCCAUAGAUUGUGCUUCUGGUGAACAGUUGGUUGUUCACAAGAGGCUCUCCUGUCGCGAUGCUGCAGCAUGCUACUUCUUCGCAAAGCAUAGUAUUCCACCCAUCAGUUGCCUCUACAUCUUCCCCUAGUAUUCCAGCAUCAGCUUCCUCUGAUCAGUAUGGUGGAAGUCAGCCAAAGUAUGAGUACAAAUACGAAGUCUCAGACCACCAGACUGGCGACAGGAAGAGUCAUUGGGAGAGCAGAGAAGGGGACCGGGUGCGCGGGGGGUACACCCUGUAUGAACCUGACGGUGCCUUGCGUACUGUGGAAUACUCAGCUGAUGCCUUACAUGGAUUUACUGCGGUCGUGCGAAGAGAUGAGCCCACCAGGCACCAGCACUCGAGACCUGACAAUUCAUACAAUGCAAUAUCGUCGCAUUCCCGCGACGGUUACCAACCACCGUCUCCGCAACGAGGCUAUAUUCCCGACGACGGUUCUUCUGGCUUAGGACACGGAGACCAACCAGGAUAUUCAGGGCCUGGUGGUACUUUCAAUUCCGGCUUCAGCGUGAAACACGUCAUGGAACUCAAUAAAGAUCAAUCUAAGAUCUUUUAAAUUAUCUUAUGGCUACUUUACGGUGGUGGAUCUGAGUUCACAUUUAUAUUGCCACUAUCACGUUUCAGGAACAGGAAUAUUAAUUUCUUGAUUGUGCCUACCCAUAACUUUGAAUUUAUUUUAUAUAGUAUACAUAUUGAGUUUGCAAUUCUUUUCACUAAAUUGUAGACUUAUUUUUAAUUUACUUUUUUCAGCGAGGUUAGUUAUUUGAAUUUAAUGAGUCAAUGUACAAAGAUUUUGAGCUACCUACAUUUCCUACUUUUUUAGGUUUUAUUUGUUUAUUUGAUUUUAAUGCGUUCUGUUCUUAUUAAUGUAGAACACGACACUUGUAAACAGCCCUGCUUGUUUUACUGUAUGUGUGCGUAGGCUAGGGCCGAUAAUUUUAGAAAGCAAUUAUAAACUCGGAACAGCUUGAAACCUUUGAUUAAAACAUACCAAAAGGAAAAAAGCAUAUUAAGAAGAGAGGAAAAAUAAAUUUUAGGUGAUUUAAAGUGGAGAAGGGCGAGGGGGUGACCUUUUAAGAAGGGAUAACAGUUUAUCGCGAUUUUCGGAAAAACUACAAGUCCCAUCAAAAAAGAAACAAUGGCAACAUUGUAGGUAAUUAAAAGUUCUACAACUUUUGUUUUAACUUUUUUUAAUCAGAAGCUAAUUAUUUCUGUGAAAAAUCAAAAUAACUGUUUGUUUUUUUUAUAAAGUUACGAUAUUUUACCAUUGAAUUUUAUUCGAUAGCAACAACUGCUAUAGUUUUACCGAAAAUCGCGAUAAACCGUUUCCCCCCCUUAAAGUUCUCCGGGUGGGGGACCUCACGACCGAAAGCGCCCGUAAACUUUUUUUCUUUUUUUAUUGUGAUCUCUUCCCUUUAGUUUGGGUUUCAACCUGCUUACAUUUUUUUCACUUUUUACGAUUUACAAAGGCAUCCGCCCUGGCUUAGUGUGAGAGCGCGAGAAAAGGAAUUUUACCCGAAUGGGAACUGUUUUUUUAUUUUUAUUUAUGACUUUUUUUGAGCUUUUUUUUAGUGUCAUGCGCUAUGCAUGACCAAAUAGUUUGAUUCUAAAGUUAAAUAUAUCCCACCAAAGCUUUAAAACCCAGUAUUUCUGCUAACGCUGUACUUAAAUUAUAAUAUUUUUAUGUUAUAAAUAAUUUAAGAAUAUUUUAUAAGACAUACUUAGUUGUUCGGUAAAACUUAUUGACUUUUAAAUGCACAGUUCACUCAGUACUUUAAAUACGAUUAUUUUUUGAUUCUGAGAAUACUGAAGAAUUUUAUCACUAUUAAAAAGAGAAAAAAAUACAAGCUGUUUCA